AUGCAGCCCAACUAUCGCGAGGUGUGAAGUUGCUAAGAGACUGUUGUUGUUGGGGUAGCGUCAUUUGAAGCUACAAGCUUUCUAAUGUUUGCACGUAAGCUUUAAAUGUAAUCACGAACAAUGCCACCAAAAAGAAAAGCAACGACCAAGUCAUCAAAGGAAAAAAACCCUACAGUAGUGGAUGGCGUGUCAACAGAGGAGAUGUCCAAAGAGCAGUUGGAGGAGCACAUUGUCCGUCUGCGAGAGGAGCUCGACAGAGAACGAGAGGAGCGCAACUAUUUUCAACUGGAGAGAGACAAAAUCCACACAUUUUGGGAAAUAACCAAACAACAUUUGGAAGAGAAUAAGUGUGAGCUGAGGAACAGAGAUCGUGAGAUGGAGGAGACUGAAGAGCGUCACCAAGUAGAGAUUAAGGUAUAUAAACAGAAAGUGAAGCACCUUCUCUAUGAACAGCAGAACAGCCUGUCAGAGCUGAAAGCUGAAGGUGUUGUCAGUACCAAACUGCUGCAGAAGGAGCAUACUGACCUCGAGACACAACUGCACAAGGAUCUGCGCAGUUUAAAAGUGGAACUGAAGGAGCAGGAGCUUUCCAGUGAAAAUGUGCUCAAAAGCCUUCAACUGAAACAUGAUGAAGAAACAACUGAUCUGAGAAAUGAUUUUGCCAGACAAGUACGAGAGAUUGGAUGUAAAUAUGAGAAAAAGAUGCAGACUCUGCAUCAGGAGGAAGAACAGAAACGCAAGACUGAAGUUCAUGAGAUUGAGGAACGAAAGAACAGCCACAUUAACACAAUGUUGGAGAACCACGAGAAAGCUUUCAGAGACAUGAGAAACUACUUCAGUGACAACAUCCACAAGAAUCUGACCCUCAUCACUUCACUCAAGGAAGAUUUGAAGGAGAUGAAAAAGAAGGACGAGAGGAGAACUAAAGAGAUGGCAAUAGUGCUUCAGCAAAAUAAGGAGCUUAUUGAGUCUCAAGAGAGAGCCAAAGAGGAAGUUACAGAGCUCCAGAAACAACUCACCAACUAUGAGAGGGACAAAAGCACUCUGGCUAGAAUGAGAGCAUAUGUCAAAGUGUCCGACAAAGAAAUGAAGGCACUAAAAUGGGAGCAUGAGGUGUUGGAGCAGAGAUUUACCACGGUUCAGUUGGAGCGAGAUGAGUUGUACACGAAGUUCACUAAAGCCAUUCUGGACGUUCAGCAGAAGACUGGCUUUAAAAACCUCCUGCUGGAGCGCAAACUGAGUGCACUCAAUGACACACUGGAGAAGAAGGAAGCUCAUCUUAGCGAGGUGUUGGCUGCCUCCAACCUGGACCCAACUGCCCUCAAUGUGGUCAAGGGCAAGCUAGAGGAAGUGUUGGACUCCAAGAACCAGACUAUCAAAGACUUACAUUAUGAAGUAGCACGAGUUUGCAAGACCUAUAAUGACCUGCUGAGGACUUCUGAAGCAAAGCUGCGGGCAUUUGGAUUCCCUGUGGAAGAGCUUGGCUUUAAGCCACUGGAAAGCAGCGUUUCAGGACGGACUCUUGGGCAGGUCCCUGCUGGCCGUUUUCUACCUCAAAUUAGCUAAAAAUGAGACAAAAUGCUAUGUCUUAAAAUGUUAAGCCUAAAUGAAAUAAAAAGAUGAAAUAGCAGUAA